AGAGUGUGACCCCCAAAAAGCCGAAGAAAGCGAAGGAGACUGUCAGUCCCGAAGCGACGCCUGCAAGCGCAAACCACGGAUUCAGUGCCUCUGAUGCUGCUAUGCAAGUCGAGGAGCAGGAAGAACUGCCUACAGAUGAGGACGCAUCAGAAUCAGAAGAGGUCACUCCUACCGCGAACAUCAAGAAGAGCGCAAAAGCUGAUACCCCGAAGAAGCCCAAGAAAACCGUAACACCCAAGAAGCCCGCCGCUACGAAGUCAAAGGCCAAAGCAAAGAAGCCACCUGUCGGAGAAGGCUUCGACCCCUACACCCACAGUAUAGUCAUUCCUCCAAAGUCCGAAUGGAGCGGGUUCUGGGGUGCAAAGCCUGUGCCAGGUGAUCCUCGGCCCAGUGCUAAACAACCUUCCGCUCGCGAGAGCAUGGGUCAGACUGACCCCCCCUUGUGGGAGAUUCGUGGCUUCCGAUACAAGCGCGGUUCUCGACACACGAAGCACAACUACCAGGUUGAGCCGGAUAACGUUGAUCAGCUGCCUCAGGAUAAGGACCAAGAAAACUUACUUGCCGUCCCGCUCAUAGACAUGCGGUUGACAGAUAAGAACGAUUUCACAUCCUACAAGAAAGACCCGGUUGUCUAUUGUUAUAACAACGUACCAAAAGACUGGAACAACAAGCAAACUGUCAAGGCUCUUAACGACCGCCGUUACCAGGCUAUUGAUCGCAUAACCAUGGAUCCACCGUGGUCGAAAAUCGAGCGAGAGUAUCUGGCUUCCCUGCUCCGGGACAAUUCUGACGCAUCCAUUUGGGAUUUGACUGAGCUUCACAAUGAUCGCUUCAAGGGCAAAGAGCACAGGGAAGCCACUGCUUUCGGAGAACUCUCUUCUGGUCGGACAGUAGAGAGCACUCGCUACCAGUACACAUCGUACAAGCCAUGCUACGACCGUGGCGAAGCACCACCGAAUGUGAGAUGGCGCGGCGACCCUUCACCUGAAGCCAAGGCACUCGAAGCGUCGGGGCGCUUGGAGGCCGCAUUUGGGCUGCCUGACAAGGCUCUACUGAAGGAGUACGACAACAUCCACGACGGCAAUGGAGAGGAUGAUGACGACCAUAAGCCCAAGAAGCCAGCCAAGAAGAAGCCGUCAAAGAAGAGGAAGCCGCAGGCUGCUGUGGAGGAUUCUGAUAGUGAAGAAGCUUUCGAGCGGUCGGCUAAGAAAUCGAAGACCGAUGGGGUUCGUCCAUUUGCCGGUCAGCCCACGUUUGACAAGGACGAGGAGGAUCUCCUGACCCUAGCCGGCGCCUAUGGUGAUGAUGAUUCCUCAUCAGUGAUACUUGAAGGCGAUGAUGCUGAGCAAUCCGAAGAGAUGAGGGAGGAAGACUACGAUGAUGCCGAAGAUCAGCUCGUCUUUGCUGCGCUCAAAGAGUCCGCAGCUGAGUCCGCCCAAGGUACUCUCGUCGAACAGACUGCAGUCGAGCAGACUACGAUUGUUGAGUUGACUCAUGUUGCUCGUCAGAUUGAGGUUGACGAGAACUAUAGCGACGAGGAAGAGGAAGAGUAGGUGGAAGGUUCCGGAAAGACAUCAGGUCGUUCAGCGCAGCAAUUGCCUUCCAAGUGUAUGGGAGACAGUAGCCUGAGAGUACCUGAUAUGGCCUUUGUCUUUUCGUACUGUUACAUAAGCGCGCACCAGAUGGCGCAAUGUUAUUGGGGAGUUUGAACGAUGUGUGUAAUCGUUCAUCUCCUCGUUGAGUAGUACUAAUGAGUUUUUGGUUUCUACAUUUUGCAAGAUUCAGCAGCUAACAGAUUACCCGCAAGUGCUGCUGUUCUGCUCCUGACAUGCCCG